CUCUGGGAAAAAAAAUAGCCUCCCUCCCUCCAGUACACCGCCUCCAUUUUGAACAGCCAUGUAAUCGGGUAUUCGCGUAGUUUGUGCGUGCGUGCGCGCGCGCAUGUGUGUGUGUGUGUGUGUGUGUGGGUAUCGCCUGCUGCGCCGCGUAGUGUCAACAAGCCACAUCUAAACAUCGCUCGACAUGGACGACUUGUUCAGUCCGCGCAGGAGCUUGAACAGCACACAAGGCGAGAUACGAGUGGGGCCAAGUCAUCAGGCGAAGCUUCCAGAGCUGCAGCCUCGCCCCCCUCUGAGUUUACAGGCCCACACAGAGAAUGAGGAGCUGAUGUGGACACCUGGAGUCAACGAUUGUGAUCUUCUGAUGUACCUGAGAGCAGCAAGGAGCAUGGCAGCAUUUGCUGGGAUGUGUGACGGUGGAUCCACAGAGGAUGGUUGUUUAGCCGCCUCCCGUGAUGACACGACUCUCAACGCUCUCAACAUGCUACACGCCAGUCACUAUGAUGCAGCAAAAGCUCUCCAGCGCCUGGUGAAGAAACCUCUGCCUAAGCUUAUAGAGAAGUGCUGGUCUGAAGAGGACGUGAAACGCUUCAUCAAAGGCCUCAGACAGUAUGGAAAGAACUUCUUUCGCAUUAGGAAAGACUUUUUGCCGAGCAAGAAAACUGGGGAACUGAUCACUUUCUACUACCACUGGAAGAAAACCCCUGAGGCUGCUGGGACACGAGCGUAUCGUCAACAGCGCAGGCAGCCGUCGUCCCGUAAAGCUAAGACUCGUGCGGCAGCUGCUCCAGUGAGCACUCCAUCCAGAGGCUACUCAGUGGAUGCAAGUUCUGCAAGUGAGGAUGAGUUGGACAGCGAAGACAGUGAACAGGACAUCAAGAGCUGCAGCCACUGUGGUACAACCCGUUCUAAGGAUUGGCACCAAGGUAGAAGAGAUAACCAUCUGCUCUGCACAGCCUGUCGCACAUAUGAGAACAAGCACGGCUGUUUACCAUCUUCUCAAAAGUCUGGCGGGACCUUCAUGUUCAAACCAGUUAAAGAGGAAGAAAGCAAACAUGCAAUGAGGACGCGCAGAAGCCGGGCACCAGUGAGUCAGGUUUCAUCUUUGCGAAGCGGUCACAGGAGGCUGACAGGCUCCCCCAGCCAUGAGGAUCUGUCCAGCCAGAAUUCUUCCAGUGCAGCAAAUCUGAUUUCUUUACGACCACUGUCCGGUGACAGCAAGAACGACUCGACAAAGAAGGCUAACAAGAAGGUAAAAGAGGAGACGGCGUCACCAAAGACAAUGAAGCGUGUGAGAGAGAGUCCUGUGCUGGAGCAAGAUGGGGCAGAAAAGGUUGCAUCCAAAAGGCCAAAGACACAAAAUGCCCCGGUGUCUCGGUCAGAGGUGGAGCCCGAAGUGGAAGAAGAGAGCUCCUCAGAAAGCCGCAGCGCUCAAGAUGACGGCAGCAGUGACACCAAAGACAUAGACCAGGACAACCGCAGCUCCUCUCCCAGUAUUCCCAGCCCUCAACAAGGCAAUGAAAGUGAUUCUGACUCAUCUGCUCAGCCCGGGGGGGUCCCUGCGGAGCCUGUUGCCACAGGUGGGGGCGACAUUGGUGAUGCCCCAGUGUUUCAAGGCGCACCUGCUCCAGGUCCUCCUGCCACUCCUCAGUCCCAGCUCAACGCCCAGCUUGCUGCUGAUCCUGCAGAAGUCCCACCUCCACCUUCUCCAGAACCUCUUCACGUUCAGCCAGCAGCCAUUGUGGCUCCAAACAGCAGGCAACAGUCGGCCAUCUCAUUGGCUGUGCGACACCCUUCUCCAUCUGCAGCGACUCAGGAUGCUCCAGUUUCACCAACAUUUCAGGCUCCGCCGGCGCUCAACUCCUCUCAGGCCUCGCAGCGUCCCCCGUUCUUCAGGGAGUCCCAACUUCCUCUCUCUGGCCCCCAAGUCAAGCCCCCUCCCACCACUCCCAUUCCACCUACACAUAAGCAGAUCCCACAUCCGUCAGCCGGGGCGUUCCCACACGUGCCCUCCAAUCUCCCUCCUCCGCCUGCAUUGAAGCCCCUCAAUGCUCUGCCCAACCAGCACCCCCCCGGUGCCCUCCCACCUCCGCUUCAGCUCAUGCAGCAACCUCAGCAGCCUCUGUCAGGGCAGGCAACUCAGCAUCCAGCUCCGGGCCAGAACCACCCUGCCAAGAGCACAGGCUUCUCUCACACCUCCACUGGCCCCUCACCAAGCACUUUGGGGCCAGUCCCAAGCCUUCAGCCUUCUGCUCCGCCAGCGCCUGUGAAACCCUCGUCUAGUAGUGCACCUGGUGCAGCUGGAUCACAAGUCCAGAUCAAGGAGGAGCCGCUCGAUGAGAUCGAGGAGGUGGACAGCCCAGCCUGCCCGCCCCGCAGCCCCUCGCCGGAGCCCACCGUGGUCAACAUGGCGAGCCACGCCAGUCAGUCUGCACGGUUCAUUAAGCAUCUGGAUCGUGGCUACAACUCUUGCGCGAGAACAGAUCUGUACUUCACUCCUCUGUCGUCUUCCAAACUGGCCAAGAAAAGGGAGGAGGCCGUGGAGCGGUCCAGGAGAGAGGCCGAGUUCAAUGCUCGGCAGGAACGGGAGCGCGAGAAGGAGCGCGAGCGAGAGGCCGACAGAAGCGCUGUGAGUCACUUUAGCACGAAUCUAUCUCCGCACGUUGUUUCUCACUGGCUUGUUCAUUUGCAGAGAGCUUCCAGCUCCUCUCACGACAGUCGCAUAGGGGAGGUUCAGAUGAUUCAGGGCCACAGUCGGUCGUCCUAUGAGCAGCCCCCGACCACAGUAGCUGCCGUGCCACCCUACAUUGGUCCCGACACUCCAGCUUUGCGCACACUCAGUGAAUAUGCCAGACCCCAUGUGAUGUCGCCAACCAAUCGGAACCACCCCUUCUACGUGUCACUGAGCCCCGGUGACCCCUUGCUUGCUUACCACAUGCCGGGCCUGUACAGCGCCGAGCCAAGCCUCCGAGAGCGAGAGCUGAGGAACCUUCGAGAACGGGAGUUGCGCGAGAGGAUGAAGCCUGGCUUUGAGGUCAAACCUCCAGAUAUGGAAACACUGCAUCCCUCCGCAAACCCAAUGGAGCAUUUUGCCCGACACGGAGCCCUGGCACUCCCUCACAUACCGGGGCCUCCGCACCCUUUUGUGCCGUUUCAUCCCGGCCUGAACCAUCUGGAGCGAGAGAGGAUGGCGUUGGCUGCGCCGCAGCUCCGACCUGAGCUGAGCUACGCCGAGCGGCUGACGGCAGAGAGGCUUCACGCCGAGCGCAUGGCGUCUGUGGCGGACCCUGCUGCCAGACUGCAGAUGUUGAAUGUGACGCCGCAUCACCACCAGCACUCACACAUCCACUCCCACCUGCACCUGCAUCAGCAGGAUCCACUGGGCCAAGGUUCGAGCCCCCAUCCUCUGGUGGAGCCAAUAGCAACUGGUCCUCGCCUGGCUCGCUUCCCAUUCCCUGGUGCUCCCAUGCCCAACCCUCUCCUCAGCGACCUUCCUCAUGAUCACGAGAUGUUGCGCCACCCUCUGUUUGCGUAUCAGCGAGAGCUCCAGGGUCAAAUCCCUCAGAUGUCAGCUGCUCACCAGCUGCAGGCGAUGCACGCGCAGUCGGCAGAGCUGCAGAGGAUGGCCCUGGAGCAGCAGUGGCUGCACAGCCAUCACCUGCACGGAGGAGCCCUGCCAAGUCAGGAGGAUUACUACAGUCGCCUGAAGAAAGAGGGUGACAAGCCAUCGUGAGCCCUGAGGAGUUGACCUGCCCACCCGCUAGAAUACUGUGUACUCAAAAGACUGUAAGAGAAUAUUUGUGUGGCCAGUUUUUGUUAUCAUGUAUUUAGAGAGAAACCUUUGUGUAUCUUUCCCUGCAUUCCUCGUCCAGCACUUAAAGAGGCCGCCAAAGUCUGGUGGAGAUUUUCAUAUUGUUCCAGAGUUUAUACCGGUUUUAUUAUUUAAAACAUGGUCGUCUCACGUUCCUCACGUGAGAUUUGAAAGUUUGCACUGCACCACUUUGCUGUGCGGUGACUUCAAUUGGGAAAUCCCAGCAAAUCUCACAGCAAAUUAGAAGUCAAACCAACUGUGGUUGUCCUUGUAUAGAAUGGCAUUGUAUUGGGUGUCUAACUACCUAGCAUGACCUUUCACCUUUUAACUAGAGUAGACAUUUGCAUUCUCGUGUUUAGACUUUGAAAGCAGUAGAAUUUGGAUUUAAAUGGAAUAUUCUAAAUAUUUGUUUAAAUCCUGCAUUUUUAUAUAUGGAGAUAUCUUUCCACGGUAUGUUCCUAUCUUUUAAUGGCUCAAUUUUGAGACUGUAAAUAUUAAAUGUUCACAAUAUUAUGUAUGAAUGAAUCCUAUUAAGAUCAUAGAUGUCAACACCAGACCCUCGGCACUGCAGUGAUCCAUAUGCUAUAACAUAUAUAGUAUUAUAUACUUUCAUGGUUACUAAUUGGAAUCUGUUUUGACAGAAUGUUUUUACACAAAUUUGAUAAAGAUUUAAAAAAAAAUUGGGGUAAACAAAACGAUUGGUAUUGAUUUUAAAAAGAACUGCCUUGAAAUUUAAUAUUUAUGUCGCAUAUUAUGAAAAUGUAUCCUUUGAAUAUUUAUUUCAAUAAAUACUCCUGCGAUGAUGCGUGUUUUGUA